AUGUCUUCGCUGCUAGGCAAGGACGAACCUGAACAAACCACUGAUGCUCACAUGGGUUUCGGUCUUUCCAAGAUGCUAGCAGGGUCGAACAACCUUGAUGAGCAUGAAGGCAUGUUCCGUCUCUUUAAAUCGUAUAGACGACUGCUGCGCACCUCACUCGCGCGCGACAUCGGAGCUACCGAUGCUAGCAAGGUCGAAGAGCAUAUGGCUCGCCCAUGGGUAGUCUGCGUCAGUGAUUGCGACCAGGGCCUACUUCAACUCACUCGAUGGGACCCAGAAGCUUUUUUGAAGUGGGAUGCUACGGUUUAUAGUUCGCCACCAGACGAGGACAAACCCUAUCAAAGUUAUGUUUCGAUUGUCUUUGCGACGUGGAUCGUCUCGGGCCCUGGUUCUGUGGGUGUGAAUGACACUCUGCGCCGUGACUCGGUCAGGAAAAAGGUCUCAAACAGACGUGGUGUCAGCUAUCGUCGCCGGCAACUCGUCGAAGACAAGGCCAAGAUUGUGCAGUCCCACAAUUCUCACAAGAAAUUUUCAUCGGCUCUUUGGCGCUUCCCCCCGGAAAUCCUAGCCGAAAUUUUUCUGUACUACAUGUUAGAAAACGAAGACUGGACGCCCGCGCCAAAUUUGGCUCCCAUGGUCUUGACCGCAGUAUGUAAACGAUGGCGGGAGGUUGCUGUGGACACGUCGAGUCUAUGGCGCAAGCUGCGAUUGGAAGUCGGGCACGGUAACUGGCAGCAGAGAGCUUUUUGUUAUGACUCUUACCUCAAGCGAUCACGAGGACGUCAGCUGUCGUUGGCGCCCGAGUGUCACAACGAUGACGACGGGAUGGAGAGACUCGAGGAACUGGUUAUGUACACGACGGUUUCUGUUCCUGUGCUAACUAUCGCCCACUCUGUCGUCCUCUCUAUCACGAAACUGCCGCCCAACAUGCACACUCUCAAGUUAAUGAACCUGUGGUUUGACCUCAAAAUGUUGUCUGGCUUCAAUCCUCUCGCAUGGGUCAAUCUCACGAAUCUCGAGAUCGUGGUCGGCGGUCGAGACGCCGGCAAAAUCGUCGCACUCCCAACUUCGAUCCUUGUGCAUAUCCGGGAAUCUGGAUGUGGACUGGAUCGGAAGUCUCGGGCUAUUCGCUAUCAUCACGCUCCCCAAUCUACGCACGGUCGAGGUUCGCAAUGUAGGUGA